GAUCCGACACAAUCGGACAUCCUGCGUCUAAGCGCAGUCAACCCAGAUAGACCAUUCCCCUUAAAGGCUAAUUAUUUAGGUUCAGUGGACGUACAGAUAAUGCGUAAAUCCGGACGCCUUGGUAUGCGCGCUAUACGUCCGUCUGUGCAUUACUGUGAUCCUGAUAAGCUUCUCGGAGUUGUCCCUGCAACGCACCGUGUCCGUUCUGACUCGUUUGUGCCAUCUACAGAUUUGCACGGCUCUGGAGAGCUCAUGAUCGCCGUCUACACACGUUCAGUAUAGGCUAUACAUGCUUCAACUGACCUGCGCUUUUUGCAACCAAUUCUUUUUUCAAACUAGGCUCAAUCUGUCCGCUUUCCUCGGGGGUUAUCUGGAUAUCUCUUUAGUUUGCGAACGGAAUUGCUUGCGCUUUACUGGAUUCACUACAAAACAAUGAAGAAACAGACAGCAACUGAAACACGGGAAUAAACGGGUGGCGUUCGGAGAGGAAUAACAAUUUAACGAGAGAUCUGGGGAUAAUUGUCUGAUCUAGAAGUGCGUGUGGCCGUUUUCAGCUCAACUUGGUGGAAACUACACAUGAAUGGUGCGAUAGGACUCGGAUAUCAGCGCAGGUCGGUGUGCAAAAGAAUGCACCUUCCUUCGUUUCUCUGCCUUUCUUUUACAUGAAACAAGAAAAGAAGAUGUGUUGAAACAGCAAAGGCUUAGAAUUAAGUGCAUUCAAAACGAAUGGAUACGUUCCCAAUGAUUAAGGUGAACGAGUGACCCAAUGAAGUGGAAUACUACUUUAUCGGAGUGCUGGAAGAGAAGUCACCUUGCCCCAGUUCUCCGAGAGCACAGGGAGAGAGACAGGCAUCUCUGAUUGUUUGUUGCCAGUAGGGAGACGGGAAGACUGAGAGCUUUUUGUGGAAUACUAAGGUGUUAGCCUGCUGUCUGAGAGCGUUUGAAAUCAAGGCUGCGAGAAGGAACCAUAUGGCACAAAACACAAUAUAGGUCCCUGCUUGUGAUUUACCAUGGCCAAAGUGCUCUGCAGCCUCCUCCUCCUGGGAAGCGCAGUGAUGAUGACCACCGCCUGCCCUAAAUAUUGUGUCUGUCAGAACCUCUCAGAGUCCUUGGGCACAUUGUGCCCGUCCAAAGGUCUGCUGUUUGUGCCCCCUGACAUUGACAGAAGAACCGUGGAAUUACGUCUGGGAGGAAACUACAUCAUCAAAAUUACCCAGCAGGACUUCACCAACAUGACGGGCCUUGUGGACCUCACACUGUCACGAAACACCAUCAGCUUCAUCCAGCCCUUCUCCUUUGUAGAUCUUGAAACCCUGCGUUCGCUGCACCUGGACAGUAACCGGUUGACAGAGCUUGGCCCAGAUGUCCUGCGAGGCUUGGUGAACUUGCAACACCUUAUCCUAAACAACAACCAGCUGACUCAUAUCUCCAAAGAAGCUUUCGAUGAUCUGCUGCUCACCUUGGAGGACCUAGAUCUCUCCUACAACAACCUGCGGGGUGUUCCCUGGGAUGCCAUUCGCAAAAUGCUCAACCUACACCAACUAAGCCUGGACCACAACCUCAUCAGCCACAUUGCUGAGGGCACUUUUACCGAUCUUGAAAAGCUGGCAAGGCUGGAUCUUACAUCAAACCGUCUCCAGAAGCUUCCGCCAGAUCCUAUCUUCGCUCGGUCACAGAGCAACACCGUUCUUAGUACACCAUUUGCCCCGAUCCUGUCUCUAAGCUUCGGUGGGAAUCCUCUUCACUGUAACUGUGAGAUUCUGUGGUUGCGGCGUCUAGAGCGGGAAGACGACAUGGAAACAUGCGCCUCCCCACCGAGUCUGAAAGGUCGCUACUUCUGGUAUGUUCGAGAGGAAGAGUUUGUCUGCGAACCACCGUUAAUUACCCAGCAUACCCAUAAGCUUUUGGUCCUGGAGGGACAGACGGCCAGUUUACGCUGCAAGGCUGUGGGUGACCCUAUGCCUCUCAUACACUGGGUUGCUCCAGAUGACCGACUAAUCAGUAACUCAUCCAGGGCUACGGUCUAUGAAAAUGGUACUUUAGACAUUAUGGUCACCACCUCUAAGGAUUAUGGGACAUUUACUUGCAUUGCUGCAAACGCAGCAGGAGAAUCAACAGCCUCAAUUGAGCUCUCUAUUAUCCAGCUUCCCCACCUUAGCAAUGGAACUAACCGCACAUCUCAGCCAAAGUCCAGACUAUCUGACAUCACUAGCUCCACUAAAACCGGUAAAGGGGAGACCAAAGUCCAACCAGAACAGGUAGUGUCAGUGUCAGAGGUCACUGCAGUCUCUGCUCUGAUCAAGUGGGUGGUUAGCAAAGUGGCACCCAAAGUCAAAAUGUACCAGCUCCAAUACAACUGUUCAGAGGAUGAUGUCCUGAUUUAUAGGAUGAUUCCGGCGAUCAGCAAAUCCUUCUUGGUCAACAACCUGAUGCCAGGGAUGCAGUAUGACCUGUGCGUGUUGGCCAUCUGGGAAGACACCGCCACCACACUCACCGCGACUAACAUAGUUGGCUGUGUGCAAUUUGAGACACGUGACGAGUACCCCCGCUGCCAGUCGCUGCACAGUCAGUUUCUAGGAGGAACCAUGAUCUUGGUGAUUGGCGGAGUAAUCGUGGCCACUUUGUUGGUCUUUAUCGUCAUUCUUAUGGUCCGCUAUAAAGUGAACAGUGGUUUGCAGGUUGCAAAGUUAGUGACAGUGAGCAACACCUACUCCCAGACCAAUGGGAGAACGCAGGCCGCACAGCGGCUUAACAACGGCGCUCCUACGCCACAGACUCCAAAGACUGUAGUGGUGAUGCGAGAUGAAGUGGUGGAGUUUAAGUGUGGGUCCUUGCAGAGUAGCAUCUCAUCCUCUUCAUCCUCCUCGGCUGACUCUCUUGGAAGCGAGAAAGUCGAGUCCUUUAACCGACACGGGGAUUCUAACACCUUGCCCAACCGAUGGAAGCAGUCGUCAACCAAGGCACGGCCAAACCUGGAUAACCUACUUGGGGCAUUCGCCUCGCUGGACCUGAGGGUUCCCGCAAGAGAUCCAGGAGGACCAUCUUCCUCAGGAACCAUGGCGAUGGCCAUGAGACCCCCCACUGACAAGGAGCCUCUUCUAGGCAGAGGAGAUUCCAAGCUUGGAAAGCUUGUAAUGUUGCCAUCAGAGAACAAGCCCAAGCGCAGCCACUCAUUCGACAUGGGCGACUUUGGUGCUUCGCAGUGCCUUAGCUACCCACGACGCAUUAGCAACAUUUGGACUAAGAGGAGUCUCUCGGUCAACGGCAUGCUCCUGCAGUGUGACGAGAGUGAGGGGGAAGGUGAGAAAGCAACAUUUGAUAGCUCUGAGUGGGUUAUGGAGAGUACAGUCUGACAGAGACAUCAGAUUUUCUCUGCCAAAAACAAACAAACAAACAAACAAACAAACAACACACAAAAAAAGAACGCAUUCUCGGAACCCGUCAGGUGAAAAGGACAUGAACUUGUUGCAUCAUAUGACGACAAGAAGGACUCAAAUGGCUGUAAUGAAAAGACACCUCAGCAGUGGCAAUGACUGUGUAAUGCAUGAUUUUCCAUGUCAAUAUUGUCCUUCUGUUCAUUUGAUCACAAAAAAGUUCAAAGGUUUGUGUCUGAGUUAGGCAAGAAGCCGAGGCCAGGGCUGGUCCUGUUUAUUGAGACCUGGAUGAAGGAUAUCUCCAGUUGCCUUCAAGCAUUUAAGCAGAUAUGAAUAAAUACCCAAGAACAAGGGAUGUGGGGUAUCUCAGAAAAGCAGGGGGAAUAAAAGAGAGAAUUUAUCCGACUGUGCACUGCAGUUUGCCAAGAGGAUUUUCUUCAGCUAAGUGGAUGUGCAUCACAAUGGACCAAGUGUUCCCAUGAGACAGGACUACAUAAUUUUAGCGGGUGAAAUGAAAAAAAGAAAUGCAAAUGUAAUGAAAUUUUGUAGGUUCUUAUUUUCUUUUUUUUGUCAUUUCUACUUUUUAAGUUAAUUCUAGUGUUGUACCCCAGUGUUACACCAUUAAUUUGUUUAAUUACAUUUUAUAUACAGUGUCAGAUUCAGAAACAGUAUUUUUCCUGAACAGCUGAAGAACACAAUACAAUCUGUCAAACGUAUUUUACACAAAUCUGUAAUUCAAGAAGAUUUCUUUGUCAUAAUCAUAUCUGCAAACUUAAUCUGCUUAUUUUCAGUGAUGUUUCAUGACAUUAUGUGCCUAUUUUUCUUUUUCUCUUUUCAGUGCAUCCAUCACAUUUGUUGUUUGUCGACUUUGAAAGCUGGCUGUCGUUUGAUCAAAUCGCUGCAAUUUUUGUUUAGUGCUGGUACAGAACAGUACUAGUCAGAGCUACAUAUUAUUUAUGCAAAUAGAUAUUUACAAAAUAUAUUUCAUACCCAACAAAUACACUGCAUACCAAACCAAAGACAGGCUCUGUUCGAUGUUCCUUUGGUCUACCCUAAAUAAAGAAUGAAAAAGUAAAAAAAAAAAAAAUGGUAAAUGCCAGGAUAGUUUUAAUACCACUGUAUUCUCCAGGUACCUUGGAGUAAAUACCAUGGUACUUGUGAAUGUGAGAAUCACAUGGUAUUACCAUUUACCAUCUUUCACAAUCACUGUAAUGGUAUCGCAUAAUCUAAGGGUAAAAUAAAGUUUUAGGAUUCUCUGAUAUUUAAUGAUGGUAAUUACAUGGUAAUAACACUGUAACUAUACAUCUAUUUCCUAUUUCCUAUUCUUUACAACAAGCCCCUCAAGACUUAAGUCUGAAAUGUAGGUCAGAGUGUUACACCAGACAAUAUGUUGUGAAAAAGAUAUUUAGGACAGGAUCUGGAUCACAGUUUUGUGUAGAAACCUUUAUUAGUGCCAAAUGAUGGUGGCAAGCUUGAUUUCACACAGAGGUGAAUUAUGAUCUGGAGAGAAACUGAGCUUCUCUAUCGUCAUUGUGCCCUUGAGUGAAGGCACUUAACCUCAGGUUGCUCCACGGGGACUGUCCUGAUAUUAGCGUAGUGCAAGUUGCUUCGGAUGAAAAGUGUUGGUUACAUGAUGUUUAAGACCUCAAUAAAUCACAUAUAGUCAUUAUGUCCAAUUUUACCAGUUAAAAAAAUGGUGAUACUUCCUAUGAACACAUCUAUACUGCAUUACGCAUUCAUUUUAAAGAAGUUGUGAAUGUUAUUAUGAGAGUGAGGUUUAAUGACAAAAUAUUGCUACUGUCUUUGUGCAGGAUUAAACUGGGACUGGAUUUGGAAUAGGGUCGCGUUUCUGUGACCUUACCUUUAUCUUGUCCCUGAAUUACAUUACAUAUGAUGCAUUGUUUUGUUGUAAUGUUUUAUAAAAUAAAUUAUCUAGACGUAUUAUCUGUAAAAAUCUCCAGUCAAUUCAGUGUUAAAUUACAUUGCAGACAUCAUAAUGCCUAUUUAAUUUAGUUAAGUGUGUACUAUAGAUCCGAUGUUCCUAGAAAGUUUCACCCAAAGGAUCAUAACAUACAAUGUCUAUUUUUCUUAUUUUGAAAAAUCUUUAUUUUUCUAUUUUGUGAAAAGCUAACAGUUUUAUUGCCUUUCUUUUGUCUGAUACAAUGCCACUGUUUAUGGUUUAGAUUGUUUUACUGUUACAGAUCUAUACAGAAAAGACAUGGAUAAACAAACAAAACAUUUUUAUUUUAUUCAUAAUUAUUAGUAGUAUUCUUUUUAUUUUAAGCAAACCAAUGUAAGCCACAUUAUAGAUUUGCAACAUCCAUUGUUUAUAAUUUGUUACUGCUCUUGGUAUAUGAUUCUUUCUAUGACUUUUUUGUAUAAAAAUUAUAUAAGAAUGUAUGAUGGUAAUCUGUACAGUGAUCCUCUUAUUUUCCUGGUCAGAAAAAAAAUGAGAAGGUGCUUUAACGUAUCGUUAUGACAUAUGCGUAAAUGUGAAGCAGCAUAGUCGCGUUUUUCACUUGGAGUUGUAGAAAAAAAGACUUAUUCAUUCUAAACCAUUUCUGUGUUCAAAAGAUUUUGCUACAACAAGAUAAACACACAGAAUUCAUAAUA